AUGUCAGUCUCCACUCACCAUGUCGGCAUACCGCCGACGGAGAUACCCUCUCCUGUACCGAGUGACACAUCUUCAUCGACUCGGCAAGGCGAACAAGACUCGCCGAUUGUGCCUCGAAGAACAGUGCGAGCAGGUAGAUCACCAGUGCGACCACUUCUAAGAACAUCCUUCCGCAAUUUCACUGGAACAGCAACGGUCAUCGUUGGAGAAGCUGGCAACAAGACUCGACCCCAGACGCAGUUCCUUGUACAUAAAGAACUGCUCACAUCAGCAAGUCCCUUCUUCGCUGCAGCACUCAACAGCACUUUCGCCGAAGGCAUGGAGCAGACAGUGCGUCUCCCAGAGGAAAAGCCCGAAUCAUUUGAGUGGUUCCUCCAGUGGCUCUACACUGGAACUCUAACAACCCAACCAACCGCCAGCCACGAUGCUACUCUCGGUCGCAGUACAGGCUACAUCCGAGACCACGGCGGCCAAAUCGUCCGCCUGGGCACCAGCAACGCCCUUUCACACCACCACCCAGCUCUCUACGACGUCCACCUAGACGGCGACCUCCGCAACCACGCCGGCAGUCCCAAAUACUUCCUCCUCUUAGACCUCUACUCCCUCAGCGACCGCCUCCUCACCACACCUCUCAGCAACCACAUCCUCAGCACCAUCGCCCGCCUCUCCGAAUCCACAAAUUCCGUCCCCACCCCUUCCGACACCUGGAUCCUCUACGACAACAUCCGCGACUCCUCCCCCCUCCGAACCCUAAUCCUCGACCUCUUCGCCUACAAAAAAACGGACAAACUUCUCGAAACUCACAAAGAUGACUGGCAUCCUCGUUUCCUCCGCGAAUUAGUCGUGAAAUUAAAACGACCGGGUCCUGAAGCGAUUGAACGGCAUAGUCUUGUGGCUUGGAGACCUCGGAGUUGGAGUUCGAGUAGGGCUUGUGAGGGUUGUAGAACGCUGUUGAAGCCGGGUGUUAGUGGGGAUAAGUGUUGUAGUUGUGAGAAGGCUUUUUGUGGGGAGUGUUUGAGACGGAAUGGAGGUGGGGGUGUGGAGGGGUUGGGGAUGGAGGGAGGGUUGCAGCAUGAUGGGAGUGGGUGUAAGCCUUGGAUGGGGAGGGGGAUGUGUUUGAGGUAUCAUGAGCAUGAGGGGGGUGAGGCUUGUGGGUGA